GUUUUCAAAUUCAAACAGCAAACGCAGAGCUCUAAACGCUGCAUUCUGAUCUAUUAAUCAUGAAUUACCAGAAGCAGAAACGGCACCCUGCAAGGACAUUAAUCUCUUUCGUCCUCGCUGUCGCCGUCUUACCCUUUUGCCGGCCGUUCGACUACCGAGACGCGCUCGCCAAGAGUCUCCUCUACUUCGAGGCCCAGCGCUCCGGCCGCCUCCCGCACAAUCAGAGAGUCACCUGGCGCCACCACUCCGCCCUCACCGACGGCCUAGACCAAGGGGUGGACUUGGUCGGAGGGUACUACGACGCCGGUGACCACGUCAAGUUCGGUCUGCCGAUGGCCUUCACCGUCACGAUGCUCUCCUGGAGCGUCAUCGAAUACGGCAAGCAGAUCGCCGACGCCGGUGAGUACGCCCACGCGCUCGAAGCGAUCAAAUGGGGGACCGAUUACUUCAUCAAAGCGCAUACUAGCCGAAAUGUGUUAUGGGCAGAGGUCGGGGAUGGGGACACCGACCACUACUGUUGGCAGCGGCCGGAGGACAUGACGACGUCGCGGCACGCCUACAAGAUCGACGUGGACAACCCCGGGUCCGACCUCGCCGGGGAGACGGCGGCGGCGUUGGCAGCCGCAUCCAUCGUGUUUAGGACGACGAACCCGCAUUACUCUCACCUGCUCCUGCACCACGCCCAACAGCUGUUUGAGUUUGGGGAGAAGUACAGGGGGAGUUACGAUGGGAGCGUAGGGGCGGCGAAGGGGUACUACCCGUCGGUGAGUGGGUACAAGGACGAGCUGCUGUGGGCGGCGCUGUGGCUGUACAAGGCGACGGACACGGCGGAGUACCUCCGGUAUGCGGUGGAAAACGCCCAUGAGUUGGGUGGCGUCACGUGGGCCAUCUCCGAGUUCAGCUGGGACGUCAAGUACGCUGGCCUCCAACUCCUCGCUUCCAUGUUAUUGAUGGAAGAAAAACACAGAGUACACAAAUACACACUAGAACAAUAUCGCUCAAAAGCCGAGUUCUAUCUUUGCUCGUGCCUUAACAAAAACAAUGAGAGCAACGUGCAUCGCACACCAGGAGGCCUAUUGUACACCCGACAAUGGAACAACAUGCAAUAUGUCUCAACUGCAUCAUUUCUUCUAUCAAUAUACUCAGAUCAUCUCCAAAUCUCAAAUCAACGGCUCAGUUGUCCCAACGGAGAGGUGGGUCCCCAAGAACUCCUCUCCCUCGUCAAAUCACAAGUCAAUUACAUCUUAGGAUCAAACCCACUAGCCAUGAGUUACUUGGUAGGCUAUGGUUCUAACUACCCUCAAAGGGUGCACCAUAGAGGUGCAUCCAUUGAAUCAUACAAAACAAGUGCGGGAUUUAUCGGAUGUACACAAGGAUAUGACAAUUGGUAUGGCCAUCCUGAUCCUAAUCCUAAUGUUGUUAUUGGAGCUCUUGUAGGAGGACCUGAUAGUGAUGACCAAUUUAGAGAUGAACGGUCAAACUAUAUGCAAACUGAGGCCUGUACAUACAAUACGGCGCCAUUGGUUGGAAUUUUUGCAAAAUUGCACGAGUUAGAAGGCAAUAAUAUUAAAUUGCCUUGUGAUGACUCUUUAGUUUCUUCUAGCUAAGUAGAUGUUAUUUAAUUGCAUAUGAAAAUUUUUUUUCCAUGUAUUUGUUUGGCUUGGCAAUGUACUCCUAUUUCUAUAGGUCAAAUAGAGGUUUAUAGAAAGAAGUAGCCUAGAAGUGAUCAAUGUUUAUUGCAAUUUUGCAAUACAAGUAGGUGAAAAAAAUUGUAAUAGAUAGUUUUAUUUUUAUUUCGAAUAUUGCUAUAUGAAAAUCUUAAUGAUUCUAAUUUUAGAAUCAAAAACAAAAUUUGAAAGUCAAGUGACUUAAUA